GCCGAGUUUAAAGUUGGAUGGAUAAUAAUGAUUGGAAAAGGCUUAAAAAGGGGCCAUUUUAUUCAUUCUACUUGCUCAAAAAAUCUCUUUUCUAAUUCCUUGAAAGUUCCUUUUUCUUAUACUGCUUAAUCAUGUGGUGGUUGCACUAGCAUAAGCUCAUAUGCAAAUUCAGAAGCCUAACAAUUCUAAUUUUGUAGUCUGUUCGUGCCUAUAGGUUCAUUGUAAUUAACAUGCUCAUUAAUUGAUUAAUCACCACUAAAAACGAAGCAAACUCAUACCUUCUGCAGAUCAGCAAGGAAGUCCCCAGGAACUUCCGAACACCCCUUUUCGAUUUUAUAUAAACUCAUGAUGGCUGAUGAUUGAUAUUGCUUGUUCAGUGUUAAUUAUUUCUUGUUGUAUCAGAUGCAUGCAUGCUUUAUCAGUACAAUCAGGCUCUUAGGAAGUAUUAUUUCAAUAUAAAUGGUAUAUCCCAACCUGAUGAAGUCGAAAUCAAACUGUAUUCAGAUCCCGGGUCCAUUGAUCAUCGGUGCUGGACCUUCAGGGCUAGCUGCGGCUGCCUGUCUGAGACGUAAAGGAGUUCCAUUCUUUAUCGUCGAGAAGGAAAGCUGUCUGGCCUCAUUAUGGAAACUGAAAACAUAUGAUCGUUUAAAACUUCACCUCCCGAAAGAAUUCUGUCAAUUGCCUUACUUGCCGUUUCCCCAAGAAUUUCCUGCAUACCCCACAAAGCAACAAUUUAUAACUUACUUGGAAGCUUAUGCCAAUCAGUUCUCAAUCACGCCAAGAUAUGGCGAGGGAGUACAGUGGGCACACUAUGAUCCUGCUAAACGUCUGUGGCACGUUCGUGCAGAUAAAGCUGUGUAUCUGUGCCGCUGGCUCAUUAUAGCAACAGGGGAGAAUGCAGUUCCAGUACUGCCAAAUAUAGCUGGAUUGCAAGACUUCGGUGGAAGAAUACUACACACUAGUGAAUACAAGAAUGGCGAUGAAUACCGAGGAAGAAAGGUUCUGGUUGUGGGUUGCGGGAAUUCAGGCAUGGAGAUUAGUUUGGACCUUUGUAACUAUGAUGCUCAGGUUUCUUUAGUGGUGAGACAUGAGUUGCAUGUUUUGCCUAAAGAAAUGCUUGGUAAAUCAACUAUUGCUCUCUCGAUGCAUUUGAUUAAGUGGCUACCAUUAAGAUUUGUGGAUUGGCUAUUGAUCUUGUCUUCCUGGUUGAUUCAUGGUGAUACAAGCAGAAGAGGGAUAGUAAGACCUAAAACUGGCCCCUUGCAGCUUAAAGAGGCUACUGGCAGAACCCCAGUUCUGGACGUUGGUUCAAUGGCUAAAAUCAAUACCGGUGAAAUUAAGGUGGUUCGGGGCAUCAAGAAAUUCAUACCCAAAGGCGUUGAAUUCGAGGGUGGAAGAACAGAGGGAUUUGAUACAGUUAUCCUAGCAACAGGGUAUAGAAGCAAUGUAGCAUCAUGGCUCAAGGAGGAAGAUUUCAUCAGCGAAAAAGAUGGAAAUUCACAAAAUACAUUUCCUAAAGGCUGGAAAGGAGAGAAUGGAAUAUAUAGUGUUGGUUUCAGCCGGCAAGGUUUGUUAGGAAUUUCAAUUGAUGCACAAAGAGUUGCAGAAGACAUUGUUGGGCAAUGGAAGUCUUGAGACAAUAUUAAUCAAUAUACAAUGCUAACUAUCUGACCAUAGACUUACAUUUAGGCAAUUUCAAAUUUCAAUUGUCGAAAACUUAGAAACUUGAAAAGAAAUGUUCUACACUUAGUUCACUUACUAAGGAGGUGAAAUUAGUUUAUCAGUUAUCACGUAUGGUGUGAAACUAAAUGCAUAGAGCAUUCGAAAACUAUUAACCAUUAAGCCAAAUCUUUGUUGUGAAACUAAUUGCAUAGAGCAUUCAAAAACAAAAACUAUUAACCAUUGAGCCAAAGCUUUAUCAGCUUUACAGUCUAAACAAAACACUUAGAGGAGAGCCCGGGAGAGCGAAUAUGAUCUCUCUGCCUCGCCAAUCAGUACAUCCAAAAGACUAUCUCUAUAUUUGAGCUCAAUAAACAAGCGUUUAACUCUAUACAAAUUCUGUUAUACCUUUGUCAAUGCAGCCAAAUAUUACUCAAA